GGAGGCGGCGCUGCGCACGGCGUUUCAUUGAUAUAGGCUACAGCUGGUGGCUUCAGAUUCGCCACACGGAGAGGAAAGGCUGAGAAAGUGACGAAGGCUUCAUGUAGGGUUUUUAUAAAGAAGGCACGAGUAGUGUUUUAUUAUUUUUUAAAGAGUGGCACACCAAAGAUACACACACACAGACACGGACAAAAUGCUCUGCCACGUUACGCGUCCGGAUUCGGUGGUGAUGGAAGUGGAAGUUGACUCGAAGGCGAACGGUGAAGACUGUCUGAAUAAGGUAGGCUUUGUUUCAACACUGAAUUGUGUUUUGCAUGACAUGUGAGGAAGCAGUUUACUGGCAGUGGAGUUGUUGUUGUUGUUACUUUUGUUGGAAAACUUCAACAUUUCCAUUUCCCCAAACUUGGUUUUGAUGCUCUCGUCUCUUGUGCGUGACUCAUACUCCAGUAAACAACACCGAGGGACUGGAUCCGGUAUCUGCACGACAAAGAAUAUUUAAAUGGGGCUUUUUUUCCGCACGCUUUUCUAAUUCUUCUCUCUAACUGUGGGGACUUCUGCUUCAUGUUUUACAAAGGGGUCGACGGAGACACAAUGUUCUCCUGCGCGCAACAUCAACCCCCCCAAACACAUCUGUUUCUGACUCUGAACCCCAGUACAGUUGCGCACAGAUGCAAAUGUGUAAAUCUGGUAGCCAACACUUCCAGGAAAGUUUAGAUACCAUGGUGUUAAAGUGUCGCCUCUACCUGCUCGUCUUCUUCGUCAAAAGCAGAUGGCUUUGUAAGGGUUACUAGAGUUCAUUCUUCUGCAGCCUCUCAGCAUUCACGCUCCACUCAAACUGAAACUUCCGUCUCAACUUUUUGUUGUGAAGAUUUUCCUCUCAUGGACAUGACCACGGGAAGCAUGCGAACUUUAACUCGCAACAGUAGCCCCCGAGUUGUUUAUUCUUCACUUAGUAAAUAUAAAGCUCUUCUAAAUGCAUGGCAGACCUCCAACCUGCCGUGGGUAUGAAUGAGUUUUAUCUCAGCCUCCGGGCUCCCUGCAGACCUCCACCAGCAGUUAUGUAAUAACCUCAUGGCUGCUGCCGCUCAGGGGGCGUGGGAUUGAGGGGUUUGAUGAGCCCCCUUUUUUUUUUUUAAUCCCGGGAGAGCCUCCAAGUUUACUUCCUUCUUAUCGUGAGCUUUUAGAAUAUUGAUGCGUUUUAUCUGUGGGAGAGUAGCACAGGAGGGUGGUGAGUAGUCCUCGAAAUCCCAAAGAAUAAGGCACCUUUGUUUCCUCAGUCUCGUGCAAAUCUUGUGCAACAUCACUGAUCAUUGCUGCACCCCUCCUCCAAAAGAAGUCCAAAUAUGGAUCGUCCUUUCCAAGGAUGCUGUGGCCUGCUGUCACAGACUCUAAACAUGUUGGUGACCUCUUAACCUAUUGUACCGUCCUGCUUUUAAAAUGCAUAAACAUGUACUUCUGUGUUUUGCAAUUCCCCUAAUACUCACCAUGCAGUUGGUGUGGAGAGCCUAUUAGAAUUUCUAUGUGCCAACUCCACUAUUGUGCUUUUUUUCUUUCAUCUCUCUCCAGGUUUGCAGAAAGUUGGGCAUAAUAGAAGUGGACUACUUCGGGCUGCAGUUUACUGGCAGCAAAGGGGAGAACCUGUGGCUGAAUCUGAGGAACCGUAUCUGCCAGCAGAUGGAUAAUUUGACGCCGUGUCGACUGAGGCUGCGUGUAAAGUUCUUUGUGGAGCCCCAUCUGAUUCUGCAGGAACAGACGAGGUAUGUUUACCACAUCAUGUGCUGCAGAGACAUUGUGGGCAAAUCCGUCACAUGACUGAAUUUGCUCACGGGCAAAUGCACACUGUACUUAACCGCUUCCUACUUGUGUUUGCACCGCAACAUACCUUUAAAAAAACCACCUUGUUGACUGGCACCUGCUUUAAAUUCUUAGAUCCGUUAAGGGUUCAUGUGAUGUGAAACAAGCAAAAGCUGUGGGCGAAAGAAAGAAACAGUCACAAGCAACUUCCCUGUGUUUAAUCUGAUCACUUUGUUUCUGGCUCAGUGUAAAUGUCCUGUAGUAACCUCUCCCCUGAGCUCUUCCGGGGUUACUAUAGGUUGUUUAGUUCCUCCAGCUUCAGGCAGGAAAUGUGACCCAGCAGCACCGGGGGCUGUGUGCUGCUCUGUGUCUGCCCCCAGGGACCCUCUGUGUGGCAGCCAGGACCUCUGUCACUGCCCCCCAUUCAACUCAGAAUAACUUUUGUUGUGUGCUUUUUUUUGUCUCAAUUGUUUGUGACCAUUUUCGUCGCAACAAAAGCACCGCUCUCUGUUUGACAUUUUUGCAGAUGCUGUUUGGAAACUGUGCGACAGGCCAGCAUAGGGUGUUUACUUAGUUAGGUUUCACAGGAUAUGUCAUCAUGAGUCACCGGUGCAGAUGGUGUCCAUAAAAAGACACACAAUAAAUUUUGAAAGAGUGAGGGCAGAAAUGUCAUGUACCCUUCGCAAGAUCCUAGUGCAGUUUUUUAUUUUUACUGUCACAAUGGCCGGCAAAGAGUUGUUUUAGCAAAUGAAGUUCGAGUCACAUUUUCCCAGAGCUAUCUCGACUUUCUGCCAGUUUAACUGAAACAAAACCCCACCAGUUUUAACAAAGAAACAAGUCCUGACAAGUCUGCACCCUGACUCAGUCAUCCCAGCCCCACUCGAGUUUGAUGUUAUAAAUAGCGAGUGCAAUAACAACCGUCGGAACCUAAAAACGGUUUCUCCCAUGGAUGUUGCAUUUGUCUGCGAAUGUUUGAUGCUGCAGGCGUGGAGUUGUGGAUGUGGAGGGAGGAGCGGCGGGGGCUUUGUUUGCUGUCUUUUUAAGUUCUGCCACGCUGCUCUUGCCCUCUCGCUCGCACGCGCACACACGGCACGCCGCGAGAAGUGUUCAUUAAACUGACAUGUAUCUGCCUUGGCCAGGAUUUGGCUGGCAUUCCAGUUAGCGCUCAGUGACUGCCCAGUUCACCCACUCUCCCCCGCCUCACCCUCAACUGCUUCUCACCCCCACUGCUCUCUCUCUCCGACAGAUAUAAACAUUUCAGCUCCGCUCCCUCGCCACAUUUUUAUCUGUCUGAUACAAACUAUCUGUCCAUGAUCGCACUUCCUCUUUGGCUGUCUCACUCCCCCUCCUCUUUGGCCCAUAUUUGGCAAACCUUUGAAGAGGAAAGUGAAAGGCAGCGGGGGCAGAGUGUGUGUGAACGUGGAGGACACUUGGCUGCCUGUGCCCUGACCUCCACUAGAUUAGCGGGGGUUAUCAACAGAUGGCUGGCGUCGGGCGGAGGGGGGGGUCACAGGGUGGCGAAUAAAGGUGAGAUAAAGAUGCGAGGAAGCAGGCGAGGGUAUGCGGGGUGUCUGCUUCUAAACGCUCACACUUCACAUGACAAACGUCAACAUGCUGUCUAGUUAUAUGUUUAAUUUUGGCGCAGCACGCCACAACAUCCAUCUGCUCGGAUGUUGUUUUAUUUAAGAGGUAAAGGGCAAACACUGGCAUCAGUUUUUAAGAUGAGAGCAGGGUGUUGACAGCACUCAGUGGUUCCAUUUUCAUGAUCAACACACGGGUCAUAAAGUUAUACAUUUAUGAAGUUGUAAGACAGACUAACUGCAGUAUUAAUUUUCUUCCUGAUUUGCAGUAAAAGUUGACUUCCAGGACAUGUUUACUUUGCUCAUUUGGCUCAAAUAACACCAGAAGAGACACUUCCUCAUGCAUACUGCAGCCAAUCUUUCACUGACAGAAAAUAAACACUCCUUUUCUUUGCGCCUCGAGACAAUACCAAAGGUUAUUUACAAGUGAAUCAAACCUCAAGCCACUGAAUACUUUUAUUCUUCUUGUUCAGCUCUUCUAUAAGAAGCAGCUCCAUGAAGCCAGAGUUACAUAUUUUCCACGGUAUGCGGACCGAGUUGAAAGGCCGGUACAGGGGCACAACUCAUAGCUGAGCUGAGGGGUGGGCCUCUUUCCCAACACCCUUCUUAUAGACCUUAUUACAUAACCUGCCUGAACUGAGCACACACAGAGCCGCUUAUAUAAGCAGCAGUGUACUCUGCUGCCACAUUAAGUCCAGCACAUCACUGUGUGUUCGUGCUCACUUCCAGUUCACUGUUAUGGUACUUAAUGUUAAUUAAAUUCUUCUUUAUUUUGGCGUCUCUUUCUACUGGAAAAUGUAUCCAGACUAAACUUCAGGUAUUUAAAACUAUAAAUGUAAAUAGUGGCGGCUUAUAAACUGGUUUUAAUGUUUAAUUUCCUGCUAUCAAGGAUUUUUUUUACAUCAUUAACCUUUCCUGAGAGGAGGGAGAUGUGGGUCUUUUCAUAUAUUUGAGGCUUUAGUUCAGCUUGAGUUCUGUGGCAGCUGCAUCCCUGACUUCUGAAAACCUAUUUUCUUUUAAUCUCAUUGCUUUUAGACUUUCUCUUCAUCCAUAUAGUUUCCUAUCCUGCAGUGCAAAUAAUCCACUUUUUUUCUAGUGCUUCUAUUUUGGCAUCUGAAGGGGCCACAUUGAACAAAAACAGAGUCAAAACCAUUCAAACGCUCUAAUGGGUUGAGACUAGGGAGUCUGUUCUUGCUCUGAAAGUUGCCUCAGACUGUUUUUGUUGUUGGUUUUUUUUGUCCUCAUCACUUGAUCAGUGCUUAUCUAAAUUUGAAACUGUUGCCAAAUAUAACGUUUAUUUAUAAAGCGCUCGAUGUGUAUUUCCAUGGCAUAUCAGCUGAUUUGAUGCAACAGUUUGCCUAGUGGGGGUAAGGAACACUGACCCAGGGGCCUCAACAACAGCCUGUGUUAUCUGCACCAUUAAACAGUGCUUGCUGGGGGGUGUUUCUGGUUUAAAUACAUGAAUGUUUCCCCUUCAUUAGACCCUCUUAUUUAACAUUCUGAUCAGGCGAACGCUGGAUACCCUGAGAGGUCGCAGCUAUUAGUGAAAGUUUUUCUGCGGUCCUGGUUGUUAACCUGUUUAACCCCUUUGGGAGUUAGCUUAUCUUUAACCAAAGUGCAGACCAAAAGUCAAAUGAGUUUCAACCCAGAAGACUUAUUCUUAUCAGUGUUAAUUACGUCUUAUCAAAUUUGCAUGUACGUUUUUUUUUGUCUCUCUUAAGAGUUUCUCGACUAACAGAUAUGCAAAUAAGAAGUAGGAACAACACCUCCUAGACAUGACAUAUAUUUCCUCAAAGUCAAACAUGUCACAUAUUUCCAAAACUGUCUCAAGUAUGAUGCAGCACAGCAGUGGAAAUAAUUCCACACUGAGUCCAACUCUUUUAAAGUCAUCGCUCCCCCAGGACAGGAAUCCUUUCGUCCUUAUUUGAUCAGAGACAGUUCAGAGACAUUCUGGUCAAAGGGACUGGAGACUCUGCAGAAGUCAGUGCGCCGCACAUCAUGAGUUAGCUUUGCGUCAGAGUAUUGAUCCGUUCAGGGUGUUUCCUUGCCUUUCCCCCAGUGCAUGGUGAUAUAAAUCGCAGCUGUAUGGAGUGUGAGUACAACUGGCCAGCUGAGAGGCGUUUCUGCCAAACAGACUUUUUAUUUUGCACAGAUUUCCUAAACAGUUCAUGCAUAUUUUAGAUUCUUUUAUAAUUCAGCAAUAAUUUUGCAACAUUAGGUUAUCCAAGAACAUGGAUACAAAAGCUUAAAAUCCCUCUUUAAUCUAAUUUUCUGCCUUAAACAAUCUGAGGUAAAUUAUUCAGGUCACAGAAAAAUUCUCAUGUCAAGUGUGAAGAAUGUAAAGAGAUCGCACAAGAUUCCUGUUUGAGUCUCUUAUCAGCCUGCUCCAACAUCAGUAAUUAGUGGCUUUCACUCUCCCUGAGAAUUUCUGUCCUCCUUUUUGCCUGUUUUGCUCUCAAGUAACCCCAGCCGCAGUUUGAAGUCAGGGAAUAAGUCUUAGUCCAAGAAUGACGGAAUAGUUUUAUUUGUUUGGCGCCUGAACUGAGGAUCAGCACUGUGGCUUUAAUUAAUGUUUUACCAUCCAGUACAGGGCACCAGCCUGUAACCCAAAGCGUUUAGCACACAAACAGCAUCUUUGUUUUAAUGGCGUAUAGCUUUCAGCUUUACUCCACAAACAGCAUAAGCGUAUGAUGUGUAAUUUAGCUGAGAGUUGCAAAACAAUCAUUUCAAGCUCUCAGUAUAAACACGAUUAAACUGUAAUAAGUAUUUUACUGUCAACUUUCCAUCCAGCCCACGCCUUUGGAGAAAGAUGUUGAGCGGAGUUUACUAAAGUUCAUUGACUGAUAGUAACCUCUGAGAGUACACAGCUUCUGGCUGUGUGAUAUUUGACUAGCUUACAAACCGCAUUGUUGAGAGGCCUGCCGAUGAGGUCUGAAACUCUGCAUGCGAUUGGCUGGAUGGGUUGCAGUCUCCAGGCAGAGGUGUUAGGUUUCAGAUUGAGGGGACGUUUUGUUCUUCUGCGAAGUGGAGCAGCUGACUUUCUGUCUACUGUGGGAAGAGACACUGGGUUGGGGCUGAACGCAUAAAAAUGAGACAAAAGUUUUAUAGCCGGGUGGAACAGACUGGGGAGUUUAGCGGACUCGAUGAUGGGUGUCAAGCUGCACAGAGUUUCCUGCUCCUCCUUCGGGCCUUCCUAUGCAUCAGAGUAUAUAAGAACUCAUUAAGACUUCUCAAACUUUUGCACAAAGAGGUCAGACAUGCCAAAACGGCUGAACAUCGACUAGCUUAAAGUGCACCAGCCUUUUUCAUUUAAGGACAUUUCAUAGUUUGAUCUGCAUGAUUCGGAGACUGGGCGGAAGAAAUCGGCAGAAAAGCUCAAAUCGUCUCAGCCGGUUCGUCUUAGUUCAGUUCUGUUUCCAGUGACCUAUUUCCAAGUAUUUCUUUUUAACUCCGAGUUCAGGCUCACUUUAAUUGAAUUAUUCCAGCCAGGCAAUCAAGUAGGCAGCAGCACCUUCUCAUGACCUCUCCUCCCCCACAACCACUGCUUUGAACAGCUUUCAUUUCCUCCGCAGCGUUCGCGUUCAUGGGGCCGCCAUGAAUGAAUGAAUAAGCCUUUAGGAGUGUGAUUAUGUGGCAUCUCUGUGGAAGAAACGACGAUAAUGUAGAUGUAUUACACUCUAACACGGCGAAAGUAGGCCAGGAGACUUUGGUCUCGGCUCAGACUUCCUGGCAUUCAGCCUGUGUUUUGGAUGUUAGUGAGGGCCAGUCUAAACAAAAAAGCAAUGCCGAGGUGGCUGCUGUGUUUUUUGGGCGCGCUCAACAGAUGACUCUGCAAUAAUGCACGCACAGAGUCUCUAAUUCGUAAUCUAUGCUGGUGAAUCAAAAGGGUGAAGAAGCAGCUUCUCGAUUUGAGUCGUCUUCUCCAACAACGUGUGGCUAGACCGAGACUGUCGAGUCAUAUUGACCAAACACACUCUCAUCUGCUCGGAUGCCUGUUCAGUUGACCGCGGCUGUCAUUUACGCGGCCUGCUGUCUCACAUCUUGUCACCUUGGUUACAGGCCUGCGUCAACUGGAUGGGUUCACAGAGGAACAUCUUUUUUUGUCCAGACAUGUCCUGUCACUGCGCAUCAGUAGUUGUUAAGGAAACAUUUCAAAAAGACAAAAAUAUGUUUCGGUUGCAUCCAUCAGUCUGGAGAUGACGGGAUUUAACGCUGUGCCUUGAAACCUUGAAAAGAGCUGACUAAGCACAACACCAUCUGAGCAGAAUGAAUCCAGGACAGCUGUCUGAGACGCUAUCUCCUUUUAUGUGGUGGGCAAGGACGCGCAGAUAGGUGUGUGUCAGCGUGUGUGUCCUAGAUAAACCGACAGCUGGUUCACACAGAAGCAAAACAGCAAUUUGUAAUCUGUAAAAAAAAGAAAACCGCUGCCCUCGUUGUUUUCGCAAGAAGUAAGAUCUCCUUAAGGGGUCUUGUUUUGGAGCAGAAACAGAAGCAAAACAGCUUCACUCUGUGGGAAACUCAGUGGGAGAAAUCGUUGCCUUCUACUCUCGGAGCAGCUGCGUGUUGAUAUUCGGUCAUGUUUUUCCAAGAGUGCGUAUCUGAUGUGUCUCAUGCAGCCUCGGGGAAGUCGAGCAGGAACAGCUACGAUGGGUGAACUGUAGUUACCUGUGUUGUGGAGCAUGUUAACCUGUUUUACUGCGAGGAUGUUUACUGUAGUGUAAUAUUGCUAUUCUUAUAAAUCAUAAAAGGAAUUUCGCUCAACAAAGCGUGCGCAGCUGUGUCCCGCAACCGCAGGAGAGCAAGUGUUUGAUGUCUUACUCAGCAGCCUGGUAGCCAACAGUUGGCGCACAUAGUGUACAUUGGCACAGGUGGUUGGUUGAAUAAAACACUACAGUCACACUCGGCAUGUCUCCUCACGUUUCUUAUCUCGUCAACAUCACAGCUCUAAACUUAGAGCAGAGCCAAACGCGCUUUGAAGAUAUUUAGCGGUGUGUUCGGAGACCCAAUGGCUGAUAUUAACCUCAUGCCAAUCCUUGUUGAACUGUAGUAACCUCCGCAGCUUGCCCUAUAAUAACCCUUUGACGGCGCCCUCUAGUAACCUCCCAGUCAAGUCAGCCCUAUUGUUUGCAUCAGGCAGGUAGCUAAACUAGCAGCGCUCCAUCACAUGACGCCUGCUGGGCCUGACACAAUAGGGUGCACUGUUUGUGUGCGUGCGUGUGUGUGUGUGUUGGAGGGAAUGGGAUGUUUAACACCAUAUCAAAGCACUGUUUGUUGUGCCUGAGGCUAGUCAGCUAUGGGGCCUGUUGUUAUGGUCUGGCUUGAUCAGGGGCGGGUGUAGACCGACUCUGUUUAUGUGCCUCACUGCUGCUUUCGGCCGCUGUUGUUGCUCCUUGGAAGCUCGGUGAAUGCGUGCUGGAAGAGGUGUGUCGGUGUUGUUGCAUGUGAGGAAGGUACAAUACACAAGUGUGCGUAUUCCACUAUUCCCUCAAGAGUCUGGAUUGUGAUCCCGUAAGACGGCAAAGGAAAUGUCACCUCCGAGUCAUUCCAGUGUCUCCUCAUUACACGUUGCAUGUGGAUAUAUGAACUUUGGGGUGAGGGGAAGUAACAUUAAUCAUCCUAGUUUAUUAAAGAGGCUCUUCAAACACCAUUAUAUACCCUCAAGUCUUAGUGUGACCUAAUUUGCACAAACGAAAAUGUCUCUUUGUGCCACGCUUCAAAGCGAAACUAUUUUUGAAUAACAAACAAACUGAGGCAGUUUGUUUUGAGUCUACCACAUCAAAAAUAUCAAGCUUUUUUAUCAGUUUAACUGCUGAAGUCUCUCUGUCACAAGAUGGGAAUGUGUUUUUCAAGCCCAGGAGAGUGUAAAAAGAGGUAAACAGAGCACACUUACAGGAUUCAGCUUAGUCAACACUAAAGAAGCAGUCCAGCUGGUUUCUGAACAGAAGCAGGUGACGGUUGUGCUGGUGCCUGGCCAAUCUUCUUAAGGUUACUGUGUCAGAGGUUGUCUCAAGGAGGGAUCUUCUGAGGUUACUUGAGUUCAGAGCUCUUGCUGUUGUCUGGAUUGAGUCAGCCUGGGUGCUAGUUCUUAUAAGUCUCAUUUCCUGCUCCACCAAGGAAAGAACUCCUCAUAUCUUCCGGCCAUAACAAUGGAAAGUGACUUCAACAGUUUCAGUUUUAGGGAUUGAGCUGUACAUGGUGUGCUCGUUUCAUCAUUUCGCCCAAACAAUAAUUGUUUAUGGGUCAGUUAAAUCUCUUGAACAGCUUUCCUGACUUUCACUGCAUGAAUAGCAAAUUCAACUUUAUCUCAGGCAAAAGGGUUUGUAGAAACUGGGUUUUAUUUGAAAAGGGCGUGCUGCAUGGCUGUGAGUUUAUCAAACCACAGUUUCGACAAUGAGCCUCAGUAAGAGAGACGCAAACAGGAUGUCGGUCAUUGCGACCCAUUUUACAUCAUUACAUUGUAUUUGCCUUGAAUUCAACGCUGAAGUUGCCAGCACACAGACCUCUGUGAUUCCCGUCUGAGUCAGCAGGUCAACAGUCCAAGUACUCUGACUAGGAAACCUCCUCUGAACUUCUCUGAGUUCCCCUUUUGAAACCUUCAUCUGAACCGUUUCAAUGAGGAAGCUCAGCUAUUGUGUUCUGAGGAAGAGGUUAAAAAAGAGAAAGUGAGUCACUGUGACUGAACAAAUGCCGUCGUUGCGUUUCCCGCUCUUGAUCGCGCACACACACCAGCUGUCUGUGGUGAAACCCUACCCCUGUAAUGUCCACCUGCUCGGGCCGGUGUGCUCUCUAGACAUCCAGACUCCACAGUGAUUUCUCCUCAAUAUAAAAUCCAUACAGCAUAGUAUUUCGAUAUUUUGCUUGGUGAUAUAUUGUAUCGUCUCAUUUACCUAGUAUUGGUUUUUAUUCAUUGUUAAUCUAAAGUCAAUGUAUUAAUGGAAAAAUAAAAUCAACUGUUUGUCCAGUGAGGAUGGCAGAGAGCAGGAGAAAGUCGGUGCAACAAAUAUAUAAGGUUUGCAAGAUGUGCUACAUGAAGAUAAAAUACAGUGUAAAUAAGACUGACAUAAAGGAAAGACAAAUGCUAAAUCAGCUAAUCAGUUGAAAAAAAUUGUAUGAAUCGCAAUAUAUCGUAUCGCAAUAUUCACUGUAUUGCAAAACGUUAAAUCGUAAUAUAUCAUGGCUCAAGUAUCACAAUAGUAUCGUAUCUUGGCCCAAGUAUCACGAUAAUAUUGUAUUGUGGCCCAAGUAUCACAAUAAUAUCGUAUCGUGGCCCAAGUAUCACGAUAAUAUCAUGGCCCAAGUAUCGCGAUAAUAUCGUAUCGUGGCCCAAGUAUCGCGAUAAUACUGUAUCGUGGCCCAAGUAUCGCGAUACUAUCGAAUUGUGGGGUCGCAGGCGAUUCCCACCUCCUAAUAAAAUUUGCACCAUAGUUUGUCUCUUUGUAUUGAUCAAAAUUCCCUGCUGACUACAUCACAUUGACCGCUCUCCUCUUCUCCUAUCCAACAGACAUGUCUUCUUCAUGCACGUCAAGGAGGACCUCCACAACGGUCACCUCCGCAUGGGCUCGGAGCAAGCAGAAGAACUGAGCUCGCUGCUGGCACAGGCCGAGUUUGGCGACUACAACCAAAACACAGCACAGUACUGGUACUCGGAGAUGUGUGGAGAGGAGCCCAACACAGCCACCAUCAACAGGUAUGAAACGUAAACCCCAGGACAGUGAACAUAACUUGACAACAUCUGGUCCAUUAUUGACCGAUAUGCGUGGGAGGCAGAUCUCCUGAGGCUUUGCCCCCUAACUACCCCUGAGGGGAGGUAGGAGUCCACAGAGACACGAUAAAAAGUAAAUAAUAGGUCAUGGCAGUGAGACAAGAAUAGAUUAAUGUCCAAGACAGUGUACAUAAAAAAAAAACAGUUAUGUAACACUUAAUGAAUCAGAAAACACUUCAAAAAGCACUGAUAUGCUGCACAAACAAGACCUGAUUGUUCUUUCCUUUUCGAUAACACGCCCUGUCUGGCUUUCUCCUCCAGAUCCGCUUCAUUUGUUUGAGGUGAAAGACCCCCAGAUAAAAGUUCAUUGCACACGUUUUGACGGCUUAAACUCACAAACCCACACACAAACGCGCUCUCAAGCCAAAUAGGGCAGCUGACGGGAGCUCACGUAGCAGGUGUUUGCGUUGACAAAGAACCUCUCAUGGCACAUCUUCAAUGUUUUCUCAGCAAAUAACACGACGGUGACAAAGUUUCACUGUCGCAAGAUUUUUCGGGUUGGUGAACCUGGAUUCUGUAGAAACGUGCUAAAAAAAACAACCAGCUGCUGCUGGGGGUACUUUCCGAUAGUAACCACUGUGCAAUAAAUAGACUCUGAAGUGCUGCUAGAACAUUUGUUGUGCAUUUUAAAUAUUGAGAUCAUACAUUAUCAAGCCCCGCCUAUCAAACCUGCUGUACAAAACUGUUACUAUCCAGCUAGUAUUUGUAACAGCAUGCAUUUCUCAACAGUUAUCUUCUUAUACAUUUCAUAAGAUAAUCUCUGCGUUUGCAAAAGCAGAGGCUGAAUCAUGAUGUUAUAAUAAUAAAAGGUCAACGUGCUGCCAGCGUGUUCAAAAUUAAAUCCCACCUUUGGACUGUCCCGCUUUUUGUUUUCAUCACACCAAAUGUUUUAAAGCGGGGGCGCAUAUAAUGAUGAUGGGAACCUUGAGGCUAUUGAAUGACCUGCAUUUGCAUGUCAGUGUUUGUGGUUACUUAAAGCCACACCAUAGAGGCCAAUGUCCAAAAAAAACAGCAAUAAAUUCCUCUUCUUUAGACGUGACAACCGCAGCUUCUGCAGACAGCUAACCCUGAUUUUAUUUCACUAUAAAUAACAUCAACAACAAACAUCAACCAGAACAUAUAAGAGAACUGGGUGCCAAUGAUAAACUAUGGACACUGUAGUGGGUUCACAAACAGCAUUGAUCCUUAAAGUCUAGCUGUCAGAGAGGAACCGGUUUGACAGGAGAGCUCUCUGCUCCAGGGUGCAAAUCACCUUUGACAGCCAGAAUGCAUCUAUUCCUCUUACGUAAUUCUCCUGGAUGUCAGACUGUCUAAAUAAUGAUUUUGAUGUCAGACGAUGUUUUUCUUAUUUUUUCCUUCUUUUCUCCCUCCUGCAGCAUCAUAUCCAGACACAAGGCUCUCGAGGGCUCGACUCAGGGCUCAGUGGAGUACCAGGCCCUGCAGCUGGUCUCCUCUCUGGAGCAUUACGGUGUGGAGUGGCACUGGGUCAGAGACGCAAAUGGACAGCGGUUGGCUAUCGGAGUGGGCCCUGAGGGGAUUGCCGUUUGCAAAGAGGACUUUAGCUUAGUUAACAGGUAUGCAGGACUCGGACGCCGACAAACCAAACAGCUCUUUCCAUUCCUGGAGUGCCUGUCAGCCUUUUAUUUGACACUUCUUUUCUAUCUUUCGCUUUUUCUUUAGAGUGAGUUAUCCCGUCAUCCAGAUCGCCACGCAGUCUGGGAAAAGCGUGUACCUGACAGUCACCAAGGACACGAGUGACAGCGUGGUGCUUUUGUUCAAGCUGAUCAGUAACCGGGCAGCCAGCGGACUGUACCGGGCCAUCACAGAGACCCACGCCUUCUACAGGUGAGAAACAAACAGACACAGAAUCUCAACUCAUCCGUACACCCUGAGGCUGCACAGCUGGGUUUUAAUACAAAGGAUAAUUAGCGCACAUUGUUUUUAACUGUCAGUACUGCCUUGAAUAAUAAGAGAAGUGAGCACUGUUGGCCGGGCACUGCGGCUCAGCUCACGUGGGAAUCAAAGAUACAAUUAAUUUUAAGCGCAGCAGCCCCAAAGACGUCGGUGUUUUCACGAGCCGGUGCUACAGCUGCAGCUUUUAGCCAAACUGACCUGCUUUAGAGGAGUCUGUAACUGUAACUGUCACAUGUUUUAUAACAAACUGAUAGUUAACACUCAGUGUUAGAUAGCAGUCAUCUUCAUGAGGGGCGAAGGGAAAGAUCUGACCUAGAAAAAGUGCUGAGUAAACACUCGUUCUGCUCUACUUGGCAUGUAAAUGCUUACUGCAAUCUCACACGUUUGUACACACUGACCAAGGGUGCUUUUUUUUUCAUAACCUGUUUGUUAAACUCUUUAUGGUAGAAAUGUAUGCAAAGUAGGACACAUAAAGCUAAGUCCUUGACCUAAAUGAGUGGGAUCUGAACCAUUUUAACAGCUACUGCAGCCAACGUGUGCAUGACAGUUCAAACAGCUGAGCUUCAAAAGUAGCCGUGGGUUAGUCAAAAUAGUACAAAUGCAACAGGACAGACUGUGUCCUUUUGUUUCAGUUCAGUCUGCAGAUUUGUUUUAUGUGAGGCCUGUCUUCGUUCUUGGACACUCGCUUUAGGCUACAAUGAAGGAUCUGUUCUUGUUUAAACCAAACCGACUCUCUUGUUUUCCUCUCUAGGUGUGACACAGUAACGAACGCCGUAAUGAUGCAGUACAGCAGAGACUUCAAAGGCCACCUCGCCUCCCUUUUCCUCAACGAGAACAUCAACCUGGGAAAGAAGUACGUCUUCGAUAUCAGGCGCACGUCCAAGGAAGUGUACGACCAUGCCCGACGCGCCCUCUACAACUCGGGCGUGGUGGACCUGAUGUCCCGUUCCGGCAGCACCGACCGCUCCUCUCCCUCCCGCUCCCCCAGCAGAGACAGCCAGCAGGACGAGGGGCUGGACUGCGGCAGCUGCCAGCAGAGCCGUGCCCUGCAGGAGCGUCUGCAGAAGCUCCGAGAAGCUCUGCUGUGCAUGCUGUGCUGCGAGGAGGAGAUAGACGCCGCGUUCUGCCCCUGUGGGCAUAUGGUGUGCUGCCAAACCUGCGCAAAUCAGCUCCAGGUGAGGCUUUUCUUCUUGGACAGACUCCUGAGGUUGUUUUUAAGCCGCAUCGGGAGACUUAGAAAUGAGCGUACUCCUGGCACGAGCAUUUCAGUUAUGCAAAUGCAGCUGUCAAACGACCUUAAAAGAAAUACAUAAAAGUGUCUUUGACGAGAAAGAUGGGGCUUUAAAACCAAAGACACUUUACUUUGUCGCGUUUGUUUUGUGGCUCAAGGCCCCUCAGCCCGCUCCGCACCUCCAGCCCUCCUGAAAGCUCUUUUAAUUACUCUUUAGUUUCAACUUCUGAUCCCCUUUAUGGUCCUUAAACAACGUUCAAAGCUUUGCUUACACUCUGCUGACCCGAUUGUCCCCAGUCUUAAUCAGCUAACUGUUGCCCGUCUGCGUGGAAGCAGAUGGUGUGUGCGUGAGUUUGUCUUAUGAAGGAUUAUAGCAGGCAGCCGAGUCUCACUUCCAUUAGCUUGACUAAGAAACGCGACCCAGCUAACAGGAGUGCAAAUGAGUCAGAUGAGAGAAAAAGAGGCGAGUUUCACAGCUUUUAGUAUGAUUAUGAAAACAGUUUUUCUUAUUUUUAUGAAUCGGUUCACUUUUCUGUGAUUUAAGGUUGUUUUUAACGUUCAGUCAUGUUGUCUAAACUAUCCAACCUUCUUCUAUUCAGCCAAACAGAUUCGUUGCUAACACCCCUCUUCUUCUCUUACCUGCAGUUGUGUCCCGUGUGUCGGUCAGAAGUGGAGCACGUGCAGCACAUCUACCUGCCCACCUGCACCAGCCUCCUGAACCUGACGCUGACCGACAACCACCAGCACCGCAGCAGCGUCCCCGCACCCAUCCACAGAGAAACGGCGUCCCCUCACAGCUGCUCGGCCACGGAGUACGAACACAAGAUCUACCACACAUAAAAACCGACUCCACCAAAACUCCACUCUGAACUGUUUUUUCGCGCCGCACCAGCCUGAGUCGAGGAUUCACAAAGAAGGAACAUUUCUCGUCCAUCUGAACUACCAAAUAUAAACAGACUGAGCGAAAUCAAAGAUGGACACACUCAAACCACUCCCUCAAAACUACUGUGUGUAUGUCUGUUUGUGUACGCGUGUGUGUAUUUGUGUGUCUUUUAAGUAUUGUUGCCACUGGUUGUGUGUCACUCAUCAGCCCCUGCCAAAACAAUGUUUUUAGAUUAGGCUCAUUUUGUCCUUUAAAUUAUUGCAUCAGUUGACCUGAUCUCGUUGAAAGAAACAUUCUGUAUUUUUUUUUUUAGUUUAGUUUUUUUUGCUCCAUUACAGGCCUCCUAGCCAGAGUACCCGAACCAUUUAACGGACUUGUGUGUGUUUGAACAUCUUAACACUGUACAUAAUGGUUGAGUCAUUUUCUUUCUUUUUUUUAUUAUCAUUAUUUCAGAUGUUUUAAAGCAUCUCUGUUUUGAUUUGAGCACAGGAUUUAAUGCUAUCAGAGUGAAAUGCUUUUUUAAAAAUAUUUAAUUUUCUUAUUUGUUUUUCAUGUUCCAUGUUUUCCAGCCAAUUUAAAGGGGGUUUUUAGAGGUUAAGCAGCAGCAGCAGUGCGUACUAUAUGGACUAACCAGAAAUGUCCUGUCAGGUUACCCGUGAGUGAAACUGGGUUCUUCUUAAAUGGUCUUUCAGUCCAACAGAGCUGUGACUGUGGAUGUGAAAUGCAGUAUUUUGCAGACACUCCCACACCCUCCUUUACACGUCCAAAAACAACAAGCCUAAUUUCAUAACUGCUGCACCUUUAGUCCUUUCUCUCCAUGCCAGCUGAAAGCUCCAAAUUAAGAACCUCAGAAUCACAACGCAAGAAUUUAGUCCUGCAGCUGCUUCCUCUAAAAACCUCACUUCUGUUUUUUCCUCUCUGGGGUGAACUAGUGAGCUCUUUUUUUGAUUUUUUUUUUUUUUUUAAGGGUACUAGGAGAUCUGUCCGUGCAAUAAUUUCUUGCUUUUGAAAAGCUUUUCAUUUACAAGUUUUAUUUAAUUUCAAAGAUUAUAUUUAAAAAGAGAAAAAAAACAAUAUCGUCACUUUACCAAGGAAGUUUUCCUCGUCUGUAGGGAGUUUGGCCUUAAUGUAGCAGCAACACCACGUUUAUGAUAAACUUUCCACAGACUGUUUUCUGUUUGUAAAAAAAGGAAAACUGAAUUUUUCUUUAAUGCUGACUUGAUUUAAGCUUGGUCACUGCAGGGGAAGGACUUUUAUUUUUCACAUUGUACAAGUAGGGAUUUGUUUCUGUUUUCUGAAGCAAAAGCCACUAUGCUCUGUAAGAUAACUCUUAGAAUGAAACCUUUUAUAUAUUCUGUUUUUAACAAAAGAGAAAGUAUUAAUAAAGUUGUUUUUUAAAAACAAAA